UCGGAGGUUUGGGGGUAGGAACUGGUUUCUUGAGACCGUGCGUUGUUUAUUUACAUUUCUAGUGUGUGUCGUCCUAGAAAACCGUUUCAAAAUGCGAGGAGACGAAUCUGAUUCAGAGUCUGGGAAAACAGAUGAUAGUUCUGUUCGAAAGAGUCUCGAAGCCCUUUGUCAAGAGCUGAAUAUGGACGAAGAAACAGCAACUGAAGCCAUGCAAAACUUCACUGCGAUUUGGAAUACAUAUACCCUAGAGGGUGAAGUUGUUCACUGGCUGGCGUGCUCUCUGUAUGCAGCCUGCAGAAAGGGCUCCACUCCUACUGUGGGCAAAGGGCUCAUGGAGGGCAACUGUGUGUCUCUGACCAGAAUCCUCAGGUCCUCCAAACUGAGCUUGAUUCAGUUCUUCAGCAAAAUGAAGAAAUGGUCAGACAUGUCAAGCCUGUCCCAGGAUUUCCGCAAUCGCAUCAGGCGCCUGGAAAGGAACUUUGAAGUGUCCACGGUGAUCUUCCGGAAGUUUGAGCCCAUCUUCAUGGACAUGUUCCAGGAUCCUCAAGGGGAGCCACCCCGCCAGCCAAGAAGCAGAAAACACAGGCGACUUCCCUGUCACGUUAGUGAUGUCUUCAAGUUCUGCUGGACACUUUUCGUGUACACCAAGGGUAAUUUCCAAAUGAUUGGAGAUGACUUGGUGAACUCCUAUCACCUCCUGCUGUGUUGUCUGGACUUGGUGUUUGGUAAUGCCAUGCUCUGCUCAAACAGGAAGGACCUCAUCAACCCUCUCUUCAAAGGGCUACCCAAAGACUGGCCUGACGUGGCAGCCUCCCCCGGGGAGCCCCCCUGUGUGAUCGACAAGCUGUGUGAGCUGCACGACGGCCUAGUGGUGGAGGCCAAGGGCAUCAAGGAGCACUACUUCAAGCCCUACAUCAAGCGCCUCUUUGAGAGAAAGAUACUGAAAGGAAAUGACGACAACUUGACCGAACUGCUAGAUACUUCGAACUUCAUCGAUAACAACAAAGCCAUUAACCGUGAGUAUGAAGAGUACGUUCUGACCGUGGGGGACUUUGACGAGCGUGUGUUCCUGGGAGCCGAUGCAGACGAGGAGAUCGGGACGCCUCGCAAGGUCAUGACUGAGUCGACGGGGGGACACCUCUCGGCCAGGAUGCAGGUGGAGUCCAACCUGCAGCAACACUUUGAGAAGACGCGCUCUCUGGCGCCCUCUACUCCCCUGACUGGGCGACGCUACCUGAAGGAGAAGGAGAUACUAGUGACACCAGUCUCCUCCGCCACCCAGAGCGUGAGUCGGCUGCAGAGCAUGGUGACCGGCCUGCGCAACGCACCCAGCGAUGCCCUGCUCAACAUCUUCAAGACGUGCUCUCGUGAUCCCACUGAGACCAUUCAGAACCGUGUGAAGACCCUGGGGGAGACCUUCAAACAGAAUUACACCAAACAGACUGACGACAUGCCUGGUUCACACAUGGAUUUUGCAGAAAACAGAUUAAAAUUGGCGGAAAUCCUGUACUACAAGAUUCUGGAGAAUAUCAUGGUUCUGGAGAUGAAGAGGCUCCAGGGAAAAGACAUGGCUGUGUUGCUGGAGCAGGACAUUUUCCACUGCUCCCUGAUGGCCUGCUGUCUGGAGGUGGUGCUCUUUGCCUACAGUUCCCAGAAGACCUUUCCCUGGAUCAUUGAAGUCUUCAAACUGCAACCAUAUUACUUCUAUAAGGUGAUUGAGGUGUUCAUCCGCUCAGAGGAGGGCCUGUCCAGGGACAUGGUGAAGCACCUGAACAGUAUUGAGGAGCAGGUGCUAGAGAGCAGGGCCUGGAGCCGCCACUCAGCCCUGUGGGACGCCCUCAAGGCCGCCAACAACAAGGUCCCCACGGUGGAGGAGGUGAAUUUCCCCAGUAACUUCGACACAGGCAACAGCGGUGGUGGUGGUGGUGCUGGUGGUGGCCCUGCUCACUUGCCCCUGGUGGCCCUGUCCCCCAUCAUCCACCCCCGCAUCCGCGAGGUGCGCACCGGCCUGGGGGGCAGCGCCCGCAAAGACAUUCCACAGUCGCCCAUCUCCCUGCACGACCGCUACAGUUCUCCUGCUGCAGGCAGUGCCAAGCGACGGUUGUUUGGGGACGACGCUCAGCCCCAGUCGCCCAUCAAGCGGAUCUCGGUGACGCCCAUCAAGAUCAUCCCCACGUGCCACGAGGCCACCUUCACCACCCAGUCCACCUUCACCAGCCAGUCCACCACCAUGCUCUCCAUGACGGCCAGCAACGGCCAGCAGCUCAACAUACCCAUCCCAAAUGUGAAGAGCGACGGCAUGGGGGGCAUUACGGUGAUCCAGGUGCAGUCGAGCGACGUGACCCCCCUCACGGCUCAGGUGCUGCUGACUGCCUCCCCCAGUCGUCCCGUGGCGCCCCCGAUCUCCGCGCCGCCCGCCGCCGACCCCCAAUCCAACAGGCCGCGGCGUACCGGCUCCCUGGCGCUCUUCUUCAGGAAGGUGUAUCAUUUGGCCAGCGUGCGUCUGCGGGACCUGUGUCUGAAGCUGGACAUCUCUCCGGAGCUACGGGGGAAGAUCUGGACGUGCUUCGAGCACUCCAUCUUACAGAGCACCGAGCUCAUGAAGGACCGGCACCUGGACCAGCUGCUGCUCUGUGCCGUCUACAUCAUCUCAAAGAUAACAAAAGAGGACCACACCUUCCAGGACAUCAUGAAGUGCUACCGCAGCCAGCCACAAGCCAGCAGUCAUGUGUACCGCAGUGUCCUCCUGAGGAGGGUCUACAUAGAGGCGGCGGUGGCGCUGGACGAGAACAUGGAGGUUGACCAGCCUGUGGAGGAGGUGGACGGAAGUAAAAAUGGCGAGAGCACAGCUAAUGGCGAGCGUGAAUCAGAAGAGGAGCGAGGUGACCUCAUUCAAUUCUACAACUCUCUGUACGUCCUGAAGAUGAAAGGCUUCGCCCUCAAAUAUGCCACGCCGAGCACUGACAGCCGGAUGGAGGCGCCCCCGUUGUCUCCGUUCCCGUCGGUGCGAGCGCAGCCCCUGUCCCCUCGUCGUAUCUCCCAGAGGCACUCCAUCUACAUCUCCCCCCACAAGAACGGCGCCUGCCUCACCCCCAGCUACACCUACAAGUUCAGCGGCAGCCCCUCCAAGGAGCUGAGUGACAUCAACCGGAUGAUCCGUCAGGGUGGGGUGAACAGGAAGCGGGCGUUCACCAUGGAGGGGGACGAGACGGAGUCGCCCACCAAGCGCCUGUGCCAGGAGAGCGAGGACGUACUGCUCAAACGCCUGCAGGACGUGGUGAGCGAGCGGGCACACCACUGAGCUGUGAUGAGGCUGAACCCACACUCCUGGUGCCCCCCAGACCCCUGAUUGGCCCCAACAGGCCCUGCCUGCCCCAAGUGCCCCUCCAGCUACCCACCCCUCUAACAGCAUAGAACCAGCACCCUGCUUCAACAAACACUUUGACUUUCUCCAGAACUCCGGCUUAGCUACUGCUAAUAAUCAUGCACAAAAAAGACCCACAAUAUUACAGUCUACUACAGGAAGCAAUGGGCUUCCGCUAGUCCCCUUCCUCUUUUUUGGUGGUCGUAUGGGGUUGAAUGAUUGAGGGUAAUCAUCAGACUGUGGGUUCCUGAAAUAACACUUCUGUACGCUAACGCCCCCCUGCAGACAUCAGCGCCAAUCAUGUCGACACGCAUCUGUCUGGCGCUCUACAGUCGUCAUCUGUAGGAGAUCAAGGUCAAACAGCCGAUGUCUAACCCUCUGAGACUACUGCUCCCAGUCGGGGGGCAGUUCUCUCUCGUUUCACACUCUGAGGUGGGCUGCGUACUCCUUGUUUAGGUCGUUUCGUGCUGCGCUCUUAGCAGAAUGGGCCUUGUCUCUGAGACCCGCUGCGGCCCCCUGUUCGACAGAACCCUUUGAGCUGCUUUCAAACAUGCAGCAUUUUCCACUAUUGUGUAGCAUCUACACUGUUGUUUUAUAAAAAAAUGUAUUGUUUGUAAAAGUGUUUUAAUUAAGGAGAUUGUGUAUUGUGGUUUAAGUACUCUCCCUCCAUCCAAUGCAAAAAUGUGUUUUUUGGAGUCAAGUUUAAUUCAUUGAGUAAUUUCUUGUCUGGAGUAUAAAAUCACAUUUUGUUGUGUAAAAAAAAAGCCCUACAAAAGUUGUAACUUGUAAUCAGUGUGUUUGAGUUGUUUUUGUUUUUUUAAUUAUUAUUAUUUCUGCAAGUGUAGAACUUCCUCUGGGACAUUUUAUAAUAGGCAUAUUUCUGCUUCAUUUUACACCUGUGCUACCUUUUGUGUCGGAUGGCUCGCCAAGUCCCUUUUCAAAUGUCUGUUCAACCUCUUAAAGGAAAUCCUUCUUACAUUUGAAUCUGUGCUGUUUUAGUCUUAAGCAAAAUAUCUGUACUAAACAGUGCCUUUUAUAUGUACACAGACAUGUGUGCCCAGUUGAAGUGAAAUGUGUUUUGUAACUAACACAUUACUUUACAGAACAUAUUCAGCCCAUUAAUAAAACUUCAGUUAUCCCACA